GAAAUAAACAGAGUAAAAGUCAAAUAAAAUGAAGUUCGGCAAGACGCUUGAGACUCUUAUGGUAGCGGAAUGGCGGUAUCAGUAUAUGAACUACAAUGAGCUUAAGACCUUGAUAAGAAAUGCAGUGGACAAAGCUCCGGAUUCUAGCGUGGUGAAUAAUGAUGUGAUUGUCGCUUACUUCAAGGAUUUCGAGGAGCUCUUUUUCAACACCUGCGACGAGGAGCUGACCAAAGUAAACGACUUCUUUGCCCACAAACAGGCGGAGGCACAUCGCAAGUUGGCCAGCCUGAAUUACCAGCUAACACUAAUGGUCCACGAUCAACAGGAUCCCCGAGAAUCGCAAUCGACUUCCAGGGGAUCGGCCACAUCAAGGAGCCGCCAACUGGAGGACAACCGUCAGAAGCCGCCCAUCAAUAAACUCCGGCUGGCCAUGAGCGAGUUUUAUCUAAGCCUAAUUAUGCUGCAGAAUUUCCAAACGCUAAACAUGACGGCCUUUCGCAAGAUUUGCAAAAAGUACGAUAAGAAUUUAAAGUCCGAUGCUGGAUUGAUCUGGUACGAGCGUUUUGUUGUUCGGGCGACCUUUUCCACAGGCUCGCGUCUCGAUCGAAUGAUUGUGACCGUGGAGGAUCUAUACACGGAGUACCUGGCCAAUGGAGAUCGGUCCAAAGCGAUGGCCAAGUUGAGGGUGCCGCCUUUGGGCCAUUCCACUUCACCGAUUCACGUUUUCUGCGCAGGACUUCUUCUGGGACUUUUCUUGGUGGGAGCCAUCAUUUGUUUCAUUUUGUAUUUUUGCCUGGAUCUAAGCGAUGAGUUCCGGUUCACGUUUGCCAGUCUUUUUAGAGGACCCAUUUCAGGUGUGGUCUUUGGUUUUUGUCUGGUUUUGAAUGUGAAAAUCUUCGAGAAAAUGGGCAUCGACCAUGUUUUGAUUUUCGAGGUGGAGCGAAGAAAUGCAGUGAGUGCCAUGCGUGGUUUGGAAAUAGUUGGUUUCUUUGGAUACCUUUGCACUCUGAGCAUUUUGCUGUACUUGCUCCACAAAGAGUUUUAUAUAAGUGAUCCGUAUUAUAUACCACUUGUCCAGUUCCUAACUGCGGUCGUAUUCUUUUUCAAUCCCAUACAAACCUUUUUCUACUCGGCCAGGAUUUGGCUGAUGACCACAGUGGGUCGCAUUUUUUUAGCUCCCUUUUUCUUUGUGAAUUUCGUGGACUUUUGGGUUGCGGAUCAGUUUACCUCGCUGGUAAUCUGUUUUGUGGAUCACUAUUACCUUUUGAGGUUCUAUGUGAGAUAUAUUCUGGAUCGAAGCGAUGCCUUUGACUUUGAACCCGACUACGCAGUGGCCAUCAUUCGAUGCAUUCCCGCUUGGAUUCGAUUCUGCCAGAGUCUUCGGCGAUUUAGGGACAGCGGCUCCAAGUCCACUGAUUAUCUGAUCAAUGCAUUUAAGUACUUCCUGACCCCGAUGGAGGUUUUAUUUUCAACAGUCCAAAUGGAGACUAUGGACAAGUACAGUAAUAUUUUCGAAAACCCCUGGACUUGGGCCUAUAUAAUGAUAUGCAUUUAUUCGUCAAUAUACUCUCUACUUUGGGAUUUCCUGAUGGACUUUGGUUUAUUUAAAGUGUGGAAGGGUGAGAACAUAUUUCUGCGCGAUAAUCUAGUCUAUCCCAAGGGGUUUUACUACUUGGUGAUUGUGGAAAAUACACUGUUGCGAUUUGCUUGGACUUUGGAGAUCGUUUUGGUUUAUCAGGAAUUGUUGGCUCCCUACAAUGGCAAAUCGAUUGUUUGUUUCAGUGAGAUAGUUCGACGAUUCUUUUGGAACUUUUUGCGACUGGAAAAUGAGCAUCUGUAUAAUUGCGGACAAUUCAGAGCCACACGGGACAUAUUCGUAACCAGAUUAGAUCCGCAAGAGGAAAGGUUUUUGGAGGACAUGAUGGAUGAAACAGAACACAUGGGAAAUGAAAACCUGAAUAAAAAGUAUUUUUAA